CAUUACCUCGACCUCAAUACAGCAUAUACCCAGCUCAAGCCCACGCCAUGGCCGCACCUUCGGCCUCAGGCCCGCCAUUCAGCUCCUUGAAGCCAUUACUAGCCCCUUGGCUGCUGGACCACCUUACAGCACUAGGUUUCAGCCGAUCCACGCCGGUCCAAGCAUCCACUCUCCCGCUCGUAGUGCAAAGACACAAGGAUGUCAUCGUUGAGGCAGUCACUGGUAGCGGCAAGACGUUGGCCUACCUUGUGCCCCUACUUGAGAUGGCAAGAGCCAAGAUCGAGGCAGGUGACUCGCUGGACAGGGGCAUCCACUCGCUCGUCAUCCUGCCCACGCGCGAGCUCGCCAUUCAAGUCUUCUCCGUAUUGCAGGGACUCCUUGCCUCUGCUCCUUCAGACUUUCGUGAAGCUCUGAUACCGCAGCUGCUGGUAGGCGGAUCCUCAACACAGUACCAUACCUCUGGCAGGAGAAAGGGUGUAGAAUCAGGCGACGAAUCGGAGGACGACGGGAUUGCCUCUGUCAACACGGCGGCGACGGAUUAUGCGCGAUUUCGCAGGGAUGGCUCCAAUGUUCUGAUAGGCACGCCAGGCAGGGUUGAGGAGCUCCUCUCGCCUGGUAAGCGCGGCGGAAAGGUAGCGGCAAGACAGCGCUGUAAGACUGUAGAGCUGCUGGUGCUGGACGAAGCGGAUCGUCUGCUGGACCUAGGCUUCAUGCAGAGCCUUACGACGAUUGUGGGCGCCAUGCCUUCGCAGAGACGGACGGCCCUGUUCUCGGCGACGAUGAGUGACGCCAUGACCGGUCUGGUGAGACUGGGCUUGCGCAACCCAGUUAGGGUGACGGUCAAGGUCGAAGCGAAGCCGACGCCAGCCGCCAAGGCUACUCAAGCGACAGAGGAUGCAAAGGCAGGACGCACCCCCUCGACCCUCUCCAACUACUUCCUCAUCACUCCGCACCAUCUCAAGCUCGCCCAGCUCAUCCGCUUGCUGCGCUACGAAGCGCAAGAGCAUGCCGCGAGGAAAAUCAUAGUGUUCUUCGCAACAUGCUCGCAGGUCGAGUAUUUCUAUCGGGCGCUCAACGAGGUACCUGCGCUACGUAGUAACAAGACGGACAAGAUGAAGCUGUUCUCCUUGCACGGCAAACAAGACCCCAAGCGUCGCUCUGCAGUCUAUCGAAACUUUGUCGACGAGAUUGCUCUACCGUCUUCUUCCUCCUCUUCUUCAUCGACAUCCUCCACCUCCAUCCUCCUCAGCACAGACGUGGCCUCGCGCGGCCUGGACCUGCCCAACGUUGACCUGGUAGUGCAGUACGACCCACCACUCGACCCCAAGGUCUUUCAGCAUCGCAUCGGAAGGACGGCACGCGCGGGCAGGCCAGGAAGGGCAGUCUGUCUGUUGGCGAAGGGAGCCGAGGAGAGUUACAUUGAUUUCUUGAAGUUGAGGGGCGUAAAAGGGGAGCGAUAUGGCUCCUUACAGGAGCAAGACGACGGCAAGGUCGAGCGGGUGCAAGUAGGUAGCCAAGAAGACCACGACGCCAGCUCUCAGCGUCUCACAAACGCGCUGCGCAACGCCUGCCUGUCGGAUCGCGGCCUACAUGACUCCCUCGUCCUCGCCUUGGUAUCCUAUCUCCGCGCCUAUGGCAAGCACGAAGCCCGCUUCGUCUUCCCGCUCAAGGCUUUGGUGGAUCAAGUAGAGGCAUUGGCCAGGAGCUGGGGGGCUGUCAGGCUGCCUAGGCUGGGGGAGCUUAAGGAGCGGGAUGCGAAGAGACGACGCAAAGCCAAAGGGGAUGCGCGAGCAGACGGGGAAGGGGAGGAAGGAGAGCAGGAAGUGGUAAGCGAGGGUGCACCACCAGGGGCAGACGAAGCUGGCUAUCUUGAUGGUUCUGUUGACGAGAAGACAUGGUCGUACAAGGACGCAGCAAAGGAGACUGCCCGCCUCGCCAAGCUUGAAGCAGCAGAAGCCCGCCGUCAAGCUCAAGCACAGCAGGAGGCGAAUGGUGAGGCUCCUUCGACCUCCUCAAACGUGGCAGCGCGCAAACGCAUGCGCCUGACAGGGGACGAUGAUGCGACCACUGGGGCGUGGUCAGACCAGAAGAAGCGCAAGGAGCGCAAGGAGGAGCGAAGGGUCAAGAAGGGAAAGAAGCGGGAGGCCAUUUGGCGUGCUAAGAAGGAGGCGGAGGAAGCCGAGGAGGCCCAAAAGAAAGCGGCAGAGCAGGGAGUAGAGGGUGGAGAGUCGGGCGAGGACGAUGAUGACGCUGAUGCAUGGGCGGAAGAGGAGCGUGAGGUUCGUAGGGAGAAGAGGGCGAAGAGGAGGGAAAAGGCAAGGAAAGCUGGUGAGAGGGGAGCAAGGCGACAGAGGGGAGACGCAAAAGAGAGUGAUGAUGAUGCUGAGAGUGAGGGUGAGUUUGGCAUGGGAGAUGCGUCGUCAGGCGAGGACGGCGAGGUCGGUGCCGUCGAAAGUAACUAUGGAGGCUUCUUCGACGAUCUCUGAGGAUGACCACCAAUGUAGCAUCAAUCUCAAUUUCGUUGAAUCGUCUCACGAAUGCAUGAACAACCUAUGGAAUCGAUUG